AUGAGUUCCAAAGCAGGUGUAGGAAGAAGAGUUGAUUUAUGGUCAGAAAUAAUUGCUGAAGAAGAAGAAGGAGGUGGAGGAAGACAAUCACUUCAACAACAACAACAACCCAUUUACCAAAGGAGGAGAAGAGAACCACCACCCCAAAAUCAAAUAAUCUCGCAAGAUGCCAACUUGAAACAGUUGGAGUUGAAGGAUAAAGAGAAUAGAGUGAGUUUUGGUGGUGGUGGUCUUGCCACUAAACGUGUCAGUUGGAAUCGUUCACUUUCUACCAGAGGGAGGAUAAGUAUAGCUGUUGCUGCUUGUGUGGACAAUCAGCCUCGACAAAAACAGGCUAGAAAAAAGGGAAAACCACCUGUCCCCAAAGGAAAAGCAGCACAACCUCCCAAUUUUGAGAAAGAAAAGCAAUACUUUGAAGAGGUUGAUGCCUUUGAGUUGCUGGAGGAGAGCCCAUCUCCCAAAAGCUCUAGUACAUGGGCCACAGGCAAUGAAACUGAUGCAGUUGCUCUGCCACAUUUGUCAUCAAGAUUAGAGAAAUGGCUUAUUGCAAAGAAGUUAAACUACAGUUGCGGGCCCUCUAGUACACUGUCAAAGAUAUUAGAAACUCCAACCAUGCCUCCCUUGGGACCUAUGUGUGACGAUGAUUUCAACAUUAUAGAUUUGAUAACUCCAGAAAAACCUGUUUUGAAGACUAAUUCGAAACUGCAUUCUGUCCAGAGUGGAAUUAAAUCAUAUUUACCAAGUAAAGAUGUCUUUGAAAGGAAUUCUCUUGCUCAAAUGAGCAGUUCUAUGUUGGUACGUGAUGAGGGUUAUGAAGACAUUGAAGGUGCAGUUAAGAAACUGUCUUUAGCUUCCACAUCUACUUUAUCAGAUCAUGAUUACGUGGAUCCAUUUGCUGCGCUAUUGGCAGUAUGUGAACAGUCAGUUCCAUCAACAUUGCUGGAAGUAUUCUCCAAAUAUUGUGAACCAGAGAAUAUUGUCAAAGUGGGUGAAGGUACUUAUGGAGAAGCAUUCAAAGCUGGUAAUACUGUCUGUAAAAUAGUUCCCAUCGAUGGUGACUUACUGGUAAAUGGAGAAGUACAGAAGAGAUCAGAAGAAUUGCUCGAGGAGGUUAUCCUUUCUCGAACUCUCAACAAUCUCAGAUCACAUGAUGUGGACAAUGCUUGCACAACAUUCAUCGAAACUCUAGAUCUUAGAGUGUGCCAAGGUCCUUAUGAUCCUUCCUUGGUUAGAGCGUGGGAAUAUUGGGAUGAAAAGCAUGGUUCUGAAAAUGAUCAUCCUAAGGAGUUUCCAGAGAAACAGUGGCUGAAGUUGCAAAAUCCCAAGAUGAUAUCAGCGCUGCAAGUUUCCAGAUUAAUGUUUAUAGGUUUGCUUACCAUGCCUAAUGAAUUUGUGCAGUGCUACGUGGUGUUUGUACUGCAACAUGGUGGGAAGGACCUUGAAAGCUUUGUGCUCUUAAAUUUUGACGAAGUACAGAGUUUAUUGGUUCAGGUUACAGCUGGCCUAGCUAUUGCAGAAGCUGCAUAUGAAUUUGAGCACCGUGACCUGCACUGGGGAAACAUUCUUUUGCGUCGAAAUGACUCUGCUAUGGUGCAGUUUAUCCUGGAGGGGAAGAAAAUGAUUUUCAGAACUUCAGGAUUAUUGAUAUCAAUAAUCGAUUUUACUCUGUCCAGAAUUAAUACAGGUCAAGAUAUACUCUUCCUGGACCUAACCUCAGACCCUUAUCUCUUUAAGGGUCCGAAAGGAGAUAGACAGGCAAGAACUGCAAUGCAAGUUGCAGAAACAUAUAGGAAGAUGAAGGAAGUAACUGAAGAUUUGUGGGAAGGAAGCUUCCCCAAGACAAAUGUAUUGUGGUUGCUAUACUUGGUGGACAUAUUGCUCCUGAAAAAAUCUUUUGAUCGCUCUUCAAAAGAUGAGAGAGAUUUGCGCUCGUUGAAAAAGCGUCUCAGCAAGUAUAAUUCAGCUAAAGAAGCUAUUAUUUCGGAUCCCUUCUUCUGCGACUUGCUUGUGGUGUAA